CAGGAGCUGCCCGGCCAGCUGCAGGUGUCCGAGCCAUGGAGCGGCCCCCGGGAAAGGAGCUCGCCUUGGCGCCGCUCCAGGAGUGGGGCGAAGAGGAGGUGGACGGAGCCGUGUACAAUGUCACCCUGCGGAGGCAGCACAGUCAGCGACCUGGUCCGGGUAGGGACCGAGAGAGGGAAAGGGGCCAGGCUCCAGAUCCUGGGCCGUCUGCAGAUUUUGUGCACUAUCGCACUUGCAAAGUUCGAGCACUGCGCGCAGCUCGAAUAGAGCGUCUGGUACUGGAGUUGGUGCAAGGGGAUCAUGAACAGGACCCUGCCUUCGUGCCCGCCUUCCUGGCCACUCACCGUGCCUUCAUACCCACAGACCAUGUACUGGGUCUCCUGCUGCCGCUGCGGCAGGCCCCAAGACCCCAAGGGGAAGGACAGGAGGAACAAGGUCAAGGUCACUUGGAUCAGAGCCAGGAGCAGGAGUCCAGGGCAUUGAUAUCUGUGUUGGGCUCCUGGCUGCUGGAUCACCCCCAGGACUUCAAAGAUCCCCCUGCCCACCCCAACCUGGUCCGGGUUUGUACCUUUCUGAGUGUGGCAGCCCCAGGGGGGGCAGAGAGCCAAGAAGCUGAGAGGCUGCUGAAGCACUUCCAAGAGGAGGAAGAGGAGGAAGAGGAGGAAGAGGAGGAGGUGGCCAAGAAACUCCAGGAGGAGGAAGAGGGGGCCAAGGAGGCCCCAGAAGUGGCAGAGCCUUCUCACCAUGGAUCUCUAGGCCCAGAAAAGCCCCUGGAGAAGGAAGAAGAACAUGUGAAAGAGGGCCCAGAGCUGCUGGAUUUCAGUGUGGAUGAGGUAGCUGAGCAGCUGACCGUGAUGGAUAUGGAACUCUUUUCUCAAGUAUGCCUUGGGGAGUGCCUGGGUUCGGUGUGGUCUCAUCGGGAUAAAGCAGUGGGCCGUGGAACUGCCCCCUCUGUCCGAGCCACCGUGGCCCAGUUCAAUGCAGUAACUAGUUGUGUCCUGAGCUCAGUGCUGGUGGGACCAGGACUGCCCCCACCCUAUAGGGCCCAUCGCCUGGAGAAAUGGAUCUUCAUUGCUCAGCGCUGUAGGGAGUUGAGGAACUUCUCGUCCCUCCGGGCCAUCCUCUCAGCGCUGCAGUCCAACCCCGUAUACAGACUCAAGAGGAGCUGGGCAGCGGUGAGCCGGGAGCCAUUGUCCAUAUACCGGAAACUCUCCAAUAUUUUCUCGGAUGAGAACAAUCACCUUAACAGCAGAGAGAUUCUCUCCCAGGAAGAAGCCUCCUUGACCUCCCCUGAAGAGGAGACAGCUCCAGGAGUCCCUCCCUUGAAAGUGCCCCCUGGCCCUAUUCCCUACCUGGGCACCUUCCUCACUGACCUUGUCAUGCUGGACACUGCACUGCCUGACCGGCUGGAGGGAGAUCUUAUCAACUUUGAGAAGCGGAGGAAGGAGUGGGAGAUCCUGUCCCGAAUCCAGCACCUUCAGCGUCGCUGUAUGAGCUAUAGCCUGCCAUCUCGGCCACCUGUUCUUGCUGCCUUCCAUGCCCAGCGUCCCCUCAGUGAGGAGCAGAGUUACCGCCUGUCCCGGGUUAUUGAGCCCCCAGCUGCCUCCUGUCCCAGCUCCCCCAGGAUCCGGCGACGGAUAAGUCUUACUAAGAGACUUAGUGCGAAGUUGUCUCGGGAAAGGGGCUUCUCUCCCAGCCACCAGCCUGGGGAUCUCCCCUCUCCCAGCCCCAGUCUCUCUUCAGGUUCCUACCCAUCCGGCCCUGGAGAUGGGGACCCCCUGACCCUUAGCCCUCCUCCAUCCCCAGGGGCAACUGGUCUGGGCCACAAGGGCACCGUGGAGCAGCCUCUGGGAACCAAAGUUUCUGAGCUCCGGGCGGCCCCAGCCUUCCUUGGGAGCCUUGCGCAAACUUCCCACCCAGGGCAGCGGACCCCGGAUGCCUGUGUCAUCAGAGUCAGCAUUGACCAUGAUCCUGGGAACCUUUAUAGGAGCAUUUUGCUGACUAGCCAGGACAAAGUUCCAGGUGUGGUUCUCCGAGCCCUCCAGAAACUGCACCUGGAGCAGCCACAGCCCCGUGACUAUCAGCUGUUCCAGGUCCUGCCUGGGGACCGGGAGCUCCUGAUUCCAGACAACGCCAAUGUGUUCUAUGCCAUGAGCCCAGCCAGCCCCGGGGAUUUCGUGCUACGGAAGAAGGAGGGAGCUCAGUCCCCACCCUGAUGACUGACUCUCCUGUCUGAGAGGGUCCCAGGCUUGGACCUGUCUGAGGCUGAGGGAGAGCCUGGGCCAUCCCAGAGGGAUGUCUGGCUGGGCCAAGGCACUGAUCCCAACAAGAUCCCUGGUGUCCCCAUGCCUUUGUCUCCGUGUCCUCUCUGGGAAGCUAGGACAAGUAGAAGGGGAGGGGAUGGCAUGAUGUGCAGGCGCUUGGUCCGGCCACUAGAUGGCAGGCUGUCUAGGGUUGGUCAGCAUGGGCUCAAUGAAAUCCAGAGCCAGUCCUCACUUUUGGGUGGGAAGGGCAGGGCUAUAUCUGUGAGCGUCCAGAAGCCCCCUUUUUUGGACCUUCACUCUUUUUAGGGCCCCACCAGGGCCACAGAUACCUUCUAAUCCCAGCCCCCUGCAGAAAAAGACGACUUUGGGGUUUGUUUAGAAAAUCAGCCAGGGGAGACAUGACCAGAAGUCAGAGGCUGCUGCCUUCCUGUGCCCUCCCAGGCAGCCAUCCAACCUAACCCAGGAGUCAGGCCCCAGCGCUCUGUUCCCAGACAAUUGGCUCAAGGGUUACCAGUGCAAAGAACUUCAGGGGCUGUCUAGCCCAGUGUAUACCUGAGCAACAAUGUCUUCCCUAGUGUUCCUAAAAAGUGAUCAGCCUUGUCUGGGAGUCCUCCAGUGAGGAGAAACCCUCCACUCUACGCAACCCCCAUCUUAACUCCCCUCUCAAAGCUACUGCUUUUUAUUCUCGAUCUAAUUUGAGAGCAUUUUUCUUUAUAUUAAGUUUAAAUCUGCCUGACUUCUGUCACUCCUAAUUUUGCCUGAUAGGGCAAGUUUAAUCUUUCCACAUGCCAGUCCUUCAGUCCAAACAAAAUGUGCAGUGAUCAUGUGCCCCCUCAGUUUGCACUUCUCUGGAAUAAACCUCCCCAGUUA